AUGGCGUCCCAGGUUGACGAUCCCGUCGCCUCUCACGGUCCUCUCAUCCCCUCCCUUUUCGACAAGGCAGAGAAAUACUGCAUCGCCUGCGGAAAAUCCGACAGGGUUGAGUUGUGUUCUCGCUGCAAAGGUGUCUGGUACUGCGACAAGAAGUGCCAGAAGGCUGACUGGCCCUGCCACAAGCUUCUCUGCAGCAAGUACGCCAAGGUCAACGACAUCGAGCCAAUUGAAGGCGGCUACCGAGCCUUCCUUUUCCGAUCUGACUCCCUCGAGCCGGACAUCGUCAUCCUCCCCGACUCGCAGCACGUGAGCCGUCCUCUCGACUCUGUUCUCGGCCUCUUGCGCCAGCCUGGCGACUACGAGCGCGGCCCGCCAAUCGAGCGCCCCGCGUUUGGAUUCAACGGUCGGCUGGGCCGUAACUACAUUGGUAAAUACCACAUCCAAGUCAUCGUCCGCGCCAACUACAUAGUCGACGGAUCUGUUGGGGAUAACUAA